AUGUGCAAGAAGUUUGCUGAAAUUAUGACGAAUAAAUUCCAGAUGUCAAUGAUGGGAGAAAUGAAUUUCUUUCUGGGAUUACAAGUGAAGCAGACCAAGGAAGAAAUACUGAUCAAUCAUUCAAAAUAUGCCAAGGAACUAAUCAACAAGUUUAGCAUUCAACACAUGACGUCAGUAAAGAUUCCAAUGAACACCAAUUGGAAGGUGGAUCCAGGAACUGAAGGAAAAUCUGUAUCAUCAACUAAGUACAAAGAAAUCAUUGGAUCACUACUUUACUUAACUGCAAGCAGACCAGACAUAGCUUUUGCAGUCGGAGUUUGUGCGAGAUAUCAGUCAGAUCCUAAAGAACCUCAUAUGGACGCUGCAAAGCGCAUUCUAAGAUAUCUCAAAGGCACACCUGAUAUAGGUCUUUGGUAUCCAGCUGACGAAAACUUCAAGCUCUCAGGAUACUCAGUCUCAGAUUUUGCAGGAUGCAAAAUUGAUCGAAAAUCAACUUCCGGCACUUGUCAAUUCUUAGGCGACAAACUUAUCUCAUGGUUUUCAAAGAAACAGACUUCAGUCGCCACCUCUAAAACUGAAGCUGAACAUGUUGCUACGGGAAGUUGCUGUUCACAAAUUCUAUGGCUAGUCCAACAAUUCAAGGACUACAUGAUCGAAGAAAGAGAAGUUCCCAUCUACUGCGAUAACUCCAGUGCUAUUGCAAUUUCACAGAAUCCUGUACAUCACACCAGAUGUAAACAUGUCGAAGUACGUCAUCACUUUAUCCGUGAUCAUGUGAAAAAGAAAGAUGAGCAGUUGUGA